AUGACUAAAAUAGACAUGAUUGGCGGUGAUGAAGGUGGAGUUGGUGGUUGUGGUAGUGGUGGUAGUGGUAGUGGGGAUGACGAUUAUGGAGGUGGUGGUGGUGGUAGUGGUUUUGGAGGAGGAGGUGGUGGUGGUGGUGAUGGUGGUGGUGGAGGAGGUGGUGGUGGUGGUGGUAGUGAAUGUGGUGGUGCAAGUGGUAGAGUUGGAUGUGGAAGUGGUGGUGGUGUCAUUUUUAAAAAUGAAUGA